GCCAAUUGAACGGAGAGAUUCUGGGAGUGCACCACAUGGAGUGGUUUUCUCCUCAGUUUCCUCAACAUCUCCUAUCCUUGUGUUUGCAAAAGAGGCAGAGCAAAAUUCUGUCACACAGCGUUUUCCCAGCCUCGCUGCGAUGAUCACACCCUAGACCACGACUCUUUCGCAAAACGAAAGAUAGGUACUCAAUCAUUGUUUUUCAUCUGUGAAGGAGAUCGUAUUAUAAAGCAGUCAUGGCAGCUGCGGCAUCUGGCCCUGCCACCUCUUCUUACAUCAACUUCGAAACCCUGACGUCUGACGACUUUUCACCAUAUACACACGCCAACUCUCUUGUCUUGGCCUCAAACAACCCAUCAGACCCCAACAUUGACCUGACCACACCCCUUUCACGUGUUCUCUUUGAUUUACAAGAGAUCGACUCACACAUCCAUACUCUGACCUCCCGAUCAGCCCUUGACAUCUUAAAGUAUACCUCGACCCAGAACGAGGCGGCCCAAAGAAUUCUAUCUCGAGUCGAAGAUGAAAGGAAACGACUCGUCGUGAGUUACGAACGCCUGGAAAAGGAAAUCUUCUUGCGCCAUCAACGUGCUCUCGAAGCCAAGACGAGUGCUCAACGGAGCUGGGAGGUACUACGCCUGGGCCGUGGGGUUCAGAGGAUCCUUGGUCUCGCACGACAGCUGGAAACUCUACUGGCAGAAUCAGGUCUGGGCGGUCCGAGGUAUGGCAAGGAAGACUAUAAUGCUCUUUUGACAGCUUCUCUCUCUGUCCUCGCGUUCCGAGACACCAUGAAUGCGCCCGAGGGUAAUGAUCUUGGACGCAUCACAAUGGUCAAGACCUUACGGGGUCGUGGCUUCGAAGAUGGUGAAGCUCGGAUCCUCGACUAUGCGAGGAGGGUGGUUCGCGAAUUCUCCAUGACCACGUUGUCAUCUUCAACGACCAACACCACAUCUGGUCACGGUCCGACAUACCGCGAAGCAGAAGAUAGUCGUGCCCGGUUCACGGCUGCAGUGCAGAUGCUCUACUAUCUCUCACCUGCUCCAAGGAUCGAGGGUGACAAGAUGAACAAAAAGGACUUCGAGCCUGACUAUUUUCUGAGGGCGUCGCAAGGUUAUCUACAAAGUGCCAUCACUUCGAGCUCGGCUGCGAUUGGUCGGGCAUUAGGACAACUACCAACACCAUCACUCGAUCGUGCUCUUUUGGAAGCUAGCGCCAGAUGUCAAAACAUUGUUGCAUUGGAAGUGCUAUUGGGAGGGAUCCCUGCUCCUGUCCACCCGUUAUUGAAAUCAGAGCCGACCGAGGUUAACAUCGACCGUUUAAAGAUUGGUGAUGAGGAGGACGAAGACGACUCUAGCGACGUAGCUGAAAAGCCACCGCCAGAGUCGUUGUUGUCGAUCCUUCUCACGGCACUCGACACCUCAUCUCUGCCGUCUUAUUUCUGGCGCUCUCUCGCAUCGUCACUCUCGACCAGGGUGUCGGAGAUUCUCACUCGUGGUGGGCUGGCAGCUCGCACCCUCAAGAGUCAGAAGGACACUGUCCGGGCAGAGAUUCGAGAUUGCGUCCUGCGAGGCUCUAGACUACCCAAAAGUGUCGUUCUGGUGGAUGGUAGAAAAGCCGAGGAACAGGUACUAGGGAAUUGGGAACGAGAGGCCGCUGUUAUGGCCGGCAGUGUUGUCGGUUUGCUCGGAAGGUAAUGCAGAUGCAAGACAUGUGAGCGAAGAUGAUAUUAUUGGUAGUUGUCAAUAGCUUUGAUGAAGCCUGACAAUUGAAAUCUCG